AUGCCUGGCUUUGCACUCCAUCAGCCCCCAGGACGUGAGCUCACUGGCGGUGAUCUACUCGCACAGUCCCUCAAACACCUCGGCGUCGAGGUUGUCUUUGGCCUUCAUGGUGGUCAUCUAGAUGCAUUUUUAAUGGGAUGCGAAGCUAUCGGUAUCCGGCUAGUUGAUACCAGACAUGAGACAGUAGCUGUUCAAGCAGCGGAAGGCUACUCUCGUGCAAGUACGAAACCGGCAGUCAGUUUUGUGACUGCGAACAGUGGGUUUUCGAACGGACUUCCUGGCUUAGCGACAGCAUAUGGUGACCGGAGCCCAAUUCUUUGUAUAACUUCUUCUCCUCCAAUUCGCGACACCGAGAACAAUUCUCUUCAAGGCUCAAUCGAUCAGGUUGUUGCAGCUCGACCUUUCACCAAAUUCGCCCAUCGUGUAGUUGCGACCGAAGAAACUCCGCGCCUUGUAUCCCAUGCUCUUCGAGUCGCUCAAUCUGGAGCACCAGGUCCUGUUCUCCUUGACUUUCCGAUUGAUAUUCUUUUCUCGCCGGUUCAUUCGAAAUUGAUAUCUUGGGGUUCAAUCACCUCGCCUCGCUCUUUUCCUCCGGCUCCGCAUGUAGCUGCGGUUGAAGCCGCAGCUGAGCUUUUAGCCCAGGCCGAACGACCUGCACGCGAGGACAUCAUCAAGCUUGCUGAAUCUUGCAAUGUCCCGAUUUUCAAUACCUCCAAAUUCGCAAGCUAUAGUCCCCAAUCUAGAAUGCUUGCUAAUGGGACUGCGGGAACACUGGCGAAGCUCCCUUUUGUGCAACUCGCUCGUCCAGACCUCAUAAUUUUGCUUGGUGCUCGGACUGGAAUGUUCCUUGGUGGUCGCAGCUCUGCUAUUAUCCCCGAAGAAAACUGCAAGCUUAUUCACAUUGACUGCGAUGGAAGCGAUAUUGGUCGCACUCUUUCCGUUCACCUUGGCAUCGUGAGUGAUGCUGGGACUUUCGCUUCCGCGUUUUCGAAGAAGAUCGGAGAGUCCUUUUCAGGAAGUGUGGACAAAUCGUGGGUUCAGGCUGUACUCGACUUAGCUUCUGCGGAGUCACCAUUUGAGAAAGAAGCCGAGGAAACAGGCUCCGGUCGUCUGCACCCAUACCACGCCGUGAAAAACGUGAUUUCGGCCCUCGAACCGGGCAGCAUAAUUGUUUUGGAUGGUGGCGAGGCAUCAGCUUGGGUCGGUGAUAAUGCAUGGCAAUCGAAACCAAGCCUAGUGAUGACAGCAACAGGAUACCUCGGCUUCCUUGGGAAUGGAUUUGGAUAUUCACUCGGCUUGGCGAUUGCUGCCCCAGAGCGAAAAGUAGUAAACGUGCAGGGUGAUGGAUCAGCUGGCUUUCAUCUAAUGGAGCUCGACACAUACAAGCGCUUCAACCUCAACAUCAUGACUGUCGUGGUUAACAAUUUCCAAUGGGGAAUGAGUAUCAAUGGACAGGACUUGGUAUAUGGGACGGAACAUCCAGCACGACCUGUCAGUUCUCUCAGUUCUGGAACCGAAUAUGACGUCGUAGCUACUGGAUUGCAAAAUGCGGCUGCAAAAUCAACCCGCAUUGCGGAUAUCCAGAGCACAGUCUCGAAGCUCCAAUCCCAGCCAGGACCGAGUUGUAUUAAUUUACUUGUGGAUCACAAGCCGGUUCAUCCAAUUACGACUGCAAUGGUUGGACUUACGGAUGAUCCAAAUUACGUGGUCGUCCCAUACUAUGAUAAUAUCCUUCGAGCGCACUAUAAGAUCUGA